UAAUUUAUAUGGUAGCAAGUUGUUGACAAAUGGCGACAGUAUUUUUUCUUUGAGGAAACUGUGAUAUAUAGUCAGGAACAGCCUAUUGUAGAAAGAAGAUUUGUCUUAAACAAAAUGGGAGAGUUACAAGGAGAUAUGUUGACAGAUGAUAAUACAAAUGUAUUACAUCAAACCUUCAAACAGUAUGACAGACUUGGUAAAGGAGAAUUAGCUCCUCAUGAAAUACAAAGUUUACAUGGUGACAUCAGAAUGGGUGGUAUUAGCUAUCCACAGGUUCUUGCCAGUAUGAAGUAUGUUUGUGCUACACAUGAUACAUGCACUGAGGAUGAACUGUUUAACCUCCUACAGGAAAUGGACCGCAGGUUCUUCUUGCUGCAAGAUCUCCGCUGGGAAUUUUCCUUGUUGGAUCGGGAUCAGCGUGACACUAUAACCAUUGAACAGGCUAGGUGGAUGGUGCAAGCUGUUCAUGGAAAGAAUUUUUCGAAGAGAAAAUGGGCAGACUUUUUACGCAAGCGAGCCAUUCCUGGUACAAGGGUAGCAUUUCAGGAGAUUGAGGUACUGCUGUGCAAUGUGAAGAGCAGUUUAGAUGUUCUCAAAGAUAGAGAAGAUGAGGAGAGAGAAAGGAGAGAAGGCAAAAUACCCAGUCGGUCAGAGCGUGAAGAGAGAGAAAGAUUAGCUGAGGAGGAAGCUUUAAUGGAGAAAGAAAGACAAAGAAGAUUGAGAGAAGAAGAAAGAAGAAGGAAAGAAGAGACACAUGAAGGUGAUGUUAUAGCUAUAGAGGAUGACGUGGGUAAACUUGAGGAGCUUCAGAGGCAUGACGAUGAGGCAAGAAGAAGAAUGAUGGAGGAAGAAGAGGAGCGUAGGAGAUUGCAACGCCAGAAAGAAGAAGAGGAGAGGCUAUUGGAGGAGCAGAGGCUGCGUGAGUUGGAGGAGGAAGAGGCACGGAGGAGACAAGAUGAGAUGGAGAAAUACAAAGAUGCUGAAAAAAUACUUGAGGAUACUCAUGAGAAAGAAAAAGAUCUUGAGGAGCAGUUGCGUAUUGUACGUGAGAAACUGAAAGUGGAGACAGAUGAAAGGAAGAGGAAAGAAUUGGAGGAGGAAGAACAGAGGCUUCUUAAACUGUUAUAUGAUUUGAAGCACAAGAGGUUAAGAUAUAACCUGAAGGUAGCUAUCAAGGAGAAGGAUAAAUAUAAACUACAGUAUUCUAUAACUGAGUUUAAAACAGAGAAAGUUGAAGAUGUUGACAUGGACCUCGAGAAAGCUGAGAAACUCUUGAGAGAGAUAACAUCUAGAGACAAUUUGAGGAAAGCUAUGUCACGCAGAGAGAUAGAAGAGUUAGAGAAGGCCAUCAACAUUAUAAAGAAGAAUGGUCUAGAAAUACAGCUGGCACGAGAGCUUCGUGACGCUUACGAGAUUCUUACACGUCUACGCAAGAUUCAGCGUAUCCGCUCUGAGAUCUUGGAGCUGAAACAGUCAACUGUAGCUGAGAUAAGGAGUUACCAGAAACCUCCACCUGUUGUUCAUACAGUCAUGACUGCUACAUUCCUAAUACUAGGUCAUCAAGAGAAAGAAACAAAGGAUUGGAAGAAUGUUCAAGCACUUGUGGGUAAGACAGGUAAGGAAGGUUUAAAGAGGCGUUGUUUGGAGUGUAAUGCAGCUAAGAUAUCAACUGCUGCAGCAUCUCGAGCCAAGGAACUUCUAGAUAAACAGGAACUUGAUGAAGUGAGAGAUGUAUCUGCUGGGGCUGCAACUUUCUAUGUGUUUUCUGUUGCAAUGGUAGAGGAAUGUAUUGAUCUAGCAGAAAGGGGUCCAAUAGAGCAAGAAGAUACCGACAUUCCUGCAGCCGCAGCCAAACCUAAAAUUGAUCCAACCAAGAUGGUGGUUAGCCGAUCCAAACAAAUGGUUACAACAUCUGGACCUAGAGCCCGCAGUAAAACACCUACCAGGAAGAAAUAGAAUCAAAAAUCUUGUAGAUUAUGAAUGGUGUAACUUUGCAAGAAGGGGAAUAACCUUGUACAGAAUCAAAUUGUUGUAACUACUCAACAUUGCUUUUUUUAAAAUUUUCAUUUGUUUGUUUUUCUUCUAUAUUUGAUUAUUUUGUUGUUUUUUAUGCCAAGUGUUAUUGGUUUAUUAUUUGUAUAUUUGUAAUAUGAACUAUCAUUUUUAGUGACUUGACAGUCCAUCAUACUGUUCUAUAAUGUUUCUCAAAUGUUUUAUUUUAUUCAUAUGUUUUCUUUAUUGAUUAUGCUUAACCUGUUGCUUUUUCUCUUACAAAAAUGUAGAUUAUUCAACAAACAUCUUUGUUUAUUAUUAUUAACAAGUUUUUUAUUUGCAUUUAUUUAUUGUAAGAUUUACAUGACAAUCAUUUGUGUGUGACUGAAAAACUAUAUAAAUGACACUAAAACCAAAUCAAAACAUUUAUACAUGUGUUUUUAGUUUAUGACCAAGUUUAAAAUUAAAUAUCCAACAGUAGGCCUAUUAGGUUUUAUUAUUUAUUAUUAGGUAGACUUUUUAUAAAUGUACAGAAGAGCUGAAAAACAUUCAGUUUUCAAGUCAGAAGAUUGUUAUGAUGGGUUACAAAGAUGAAGCAUUUAAUAAUUAAUAGUGUCAUAGUUUAAGUGAGCCGGGAUAAAUGCAGUGACCAGUGUCAGAAUGAUAAUUGUGUCUUUUAACAAACAUAAAGCUAUUAUCAUUUUGCGUUAACUUAGAACACAUUAAUUUUGCCUAUUUCCUGGUCUAUGUUAAAAAUUAUGUAUUUUUUAUAAUCCUAAAGCAGAAAAAAAUGACUAUCAUCAAAUAUAUAUAGACAUGUGUCAGUCAUAUUUAAGAAUUGAUUUGAUUUUGUAUUGUAUUUACAUGUUGUUAUUUGUGUGCACUUAUAUAUAAUGUAUAUGCAUUUAUACAUAUGCAUAAAAGCAUUUAAUGUUUACUGUACCUGCUGGCAGGAGUCCAUGUUAUCUUUUUAUUUAUAAUGUACGUAAUGAAACAAAAUUAUUAUAUUUUUACAUAA